AUGUCGAAGAGACAAGCUGAGCUGUCGCUCGAGGAAGAGCUCGCAGCAGGCUCUCCUGCCUCGAAGAAAGCGCGUGUGGAGGACGAAGAGCUGCCGGAGGACGACCCGCGCCGUGGAGCUUUGCCGAUUCGCCGGGCGACUGGACAGCAACUUGAAGAACAUGAGCGCAGCGGACAAGAUAUUCUUGCAGCUGCUGAUCAGGAAGGCGAAGAGCUAGCGGAAGCAGCGCAAGAUGGAGGCCCCGAAUCGUCCGAUAUUGAUGCUGAUGACGACAAACCGGUUAUCGCGGCCCCGAAACGUCAGAGCGCCCCCAUGGAGGGCUACAGCGACCUGUACCUCGAUACGAUCAAUCGCGAAAUCCUCGACUUCGAUUUUGAAAAGCUAUGCUCGGUCAGCUUGUCGAAUAUUAAUGUGUACGCUUGUCUGGUGUGCGGCAAAUACUUCCAGGGCAGAGGACCGAAGUCGCAUGCUUAUUUCCAUGCGCUUGAGGUCGGACACCAUGUUUUCGUCAAUAUGGGUACUAAAAAGGUCUACGUUCUCCCGGAAGGCUAUGAGGUUAAGAACCAGAGCUUGGACGAUAUCAAAUACGUGGUGGACCCGUACUACAGCAAGGAUGAGGUGAUGAAGCUGGACAAGGAAGUACACGACGCAUUCGACCUGGCAGGAAACCGUUAUAGGCCUGGUUUUGUUGGCAUGAAUAACAUCAAAGCCAACGAUUAUCUGAACGUGGUGGUCCAGCUCUUAGCUCACGUCUUCCCCAUUCGCAAUUACUUCCUGCUGCAUGAAUUCCCUCAACCAGGAACGCCUCAAUUAGCACUCCGCUUCAGUACCCUAGUCCGAAAACUAUGGAACCCUAAGGCAUUUCGCUCCCAUGUAUCUCCGCACGAACUGUUGCAGGAGAUCGCUCUCCGCUCAUCCAAGCGCUUUACCCUCACACAGCAGUCCGAUCCAGUGGAGUUCAUGUCGUGGUUCUUGAACAACCUCCACCUCUCUCUUGGAGGGUCCAAGAAACCAUCCAAGACACCUACAAGCGUUGUACAAGCCGCAUUCCAGGGUCACUUGAGGAUCGAAAGCCAGGCUAUCACAGCCCAUUCAGAUACCCAAAACGCGCGUCUAGUUUUCACCGAAUCCGGCUCCAUCAACAGCCAAACGACACCCUUCCUCAUCCUCACCUUAGACCUACCACCCACGCCCCUUUUCCAAUCCGCGAACCGGGAAUCUAUCAUCCCGCAAGUCCCUCUGACUACCCUCCUGAACAAGUACAACGGAAUCACCGCCUCCGAAAAACUCGCCCACAGAGUCCGCCACAGGCUCCUCCACCCCCUUCCUCCCUACCUCCUCUUCCACAUCAAGCGCUUCAGCAAGAACCGCUUCGUCUCCGAACGUAACCCCACAAUCGUGACCUUCCCAUCCCCUCGCUCAUUAGACAUGUCGCCCUAUGUUGAGCCAAACCCAGAGAUCUGGCCUCCAGGGGAACCGAUCCUCUACGAUCUCGUCGCAAACAUCAUCCUCGACCCUACUGUCGCCGCUCCAGCUAUGUCUGCGGAGAAUGGUCGGCUUCAGAAAGAACAUGCUGGCGAGCAGCGUGGACCCGAGUGGCUGGAGAUUCAGGAUCUGUUUGUCAAGCGAGCAGAAAGCGAAACUUUGUUCACGAAGGAAGGGUACUUGAUGGUAUGGGAACGUCGAAAGGUUCCUGGCGUGCCGAAUCGUAAGGGGAAGAAUCCGGCUAAGUGA